CCCUCUUGUCAUAGCGCUCGUGGGUCGCGGGGACGGCAAACGAAGCCAGACAGCAAAAAAAAACGAAAGCAAAGAUUAUCUUUCGUCGGCGUAAAAGUGCGCGUCGCGUUUGUUAGAUAACCUCCCGAUACGAAAACACUUGUCGCGUUGAUAUACAAGCGCGACGCGUGUGUGUUGAUUGUUUAUCGUCAACAUUGUCGCGCCCCUGGCCCUGAAGUUGCGCGUGUAGGUGAAUCGAAAACCGACCACAAUCAAUUAGGAACCGAUUUCCACGGAACUAAUUCCGGCCAGGCAAAAUGUCGUCCUCUGCUGCACUACAAAAGUGCAAAGCGGUCGGUUUCAUUGGUGGCGGUAAUAUGGCAUACGCCAUCGCGUCCGGAUUGUUGAGCAAAGGAGUGCUGCAACCGGAUCAGAUUACUGUGUCCGCCACACGGCUGGAAAAUCUGCAGGCACGCUGGGCCCCGCUUGGGGUAACGCGAACGACCGUUGACAACGCGGAAGUCAUCCUGCAAUCGGACGUCGUUUUCAUCUGCGUAAAGCCACAGAUGUUCGACCACGUGUUGAAAGACUUGGCAAAGUUGAAGCAAACGUUUAAAACAGAUGAAUCCAACCAGAAGCUGUACGUUUCUAUAAUGGCCGGCGUUACGCUUGGUCGACUGGAGCAGGGGCUGGCGAUGUUUCAGCCAUGCUUGAUAGCCCGUGCCAUGCCCAACACUCCGAUGCAGGUCGGUGUUGGCUGUACGGUGUACUGUCGCACGGGAUCGGACCAUCCUGUCCCGCCACUGUACCGCGAUAUGCACACCAUGUUUGCGGCGCUUGGCGUUGUGCACGAGGUGGAGGAAAGUAAGAUGAACGCCGCUACCGGGCUGGCUGGCUGUGGUCCAGCGUAUGUGUACGAGUUUAUCGAAGCGCUGGCGGAUGGUGGCGUUAAGCAGGGCAUUCCGCGUGACAUGGCGCUGCAGCUGGCCGCCCAGACGGUGAUGGGUGCGGCCAAGACGGUACUGGACACGGGUAAGCAUCCCGCCGUACUGAAGGACGAGGUGUGCUCGCCCGGCGGUGCAACGAUACACGGGGUACAUGCGCUCGAGCAAGGUUCGAUGCGAGGCACGGUCAUGAAUGCGGUCGAGAGUGCCACUAAACGGGCUGCAGAGCUUUCUUAGAAUGCUUUGUUUGAGUAUAACUCAUACCAUGCCAUUGUUUUUUUCAUAUUCAUCAAUAUAAAGACAAAUAAAUAGAUCCUUUUUUUCUGAUAUGGUUAAAA